AUGCCCUCAGAAUCCAAGUCGAGCACAGUUUCGCAGCAGCCUAGCAUAAUAAAGCCCCCUGACGGCGGCUUUAUGGCCUGGUGGCACGUCUUCUUAUGCCACAUGGUGUUUUUCAAUACCUGGGGUCUUGCCAACAGCUAUGGUGUGUUCCAGCAGCACUAUACGGAAACGCUCGGGCAUUCUGCUAGUGACAUUGGGUGGAUUGGAGGCAUUCAAAUGUUUUUAAUGCUCUUCGGGGGCGUCUUCUCGGGCCGUGCGUCUGAUGCCGGCUACUUUCGACACUGCUUCGUGACCGGGGUUAUCAUGCAAGUCUUCGGGAUGUGCAUGGCUUCGCUGUCUACCCGAUACUAUGAGAUUCUACUUAGCCAAGCCGUAUGUGUUGGGAUAGGUAGUGGUCUGGUAUUCACCCCUGGUCUCUCAAUCAUGGGCUCAUACUUUCAGAAGUACCGCUCUAUCGCAGUAGGCUUGUCGGCUGCUGGUGGCGCAACAGGAGGAAUGGUCUACCCAGCAACAACAAACGCACUGCUCAAUCAUUCAAGCGUUGGAUUUCCGUGGACAAUGCGCAUUCUAGCACUGAUAAUGCUGGUCACGCACAUCCCUUCCGUGGUAGGGUAUCGGCCGUAUUUACCACCGCGCUCAACAGGGCCUGUGGUUGAAUGGAGUGCAUUCCGCGAGUGGCCGUUUGUGUUCUUCACGGCUAGCAUGUUCCUCAAUUUCUGGGGUCUAUACAUGGCUUUCUAUUAUUUGGGAAUAUUUGCCCGUGAGCAAAUUCACCUUAAAGAGUCAAUUAACCUCCUUGUCGUCUUAAACGGUGUCGGGGUCAUCGGGCGGAGUUCUCCCUGUUUCAUUGGCGAACGCUUUACGGGCAUUGUCAACAUAACCAUCUUCUGCUCCGCCAUUAGUGCUAUUUGCGUCUACUGUUGGGUGGCUAUUGACGGUUUAACGGGGCUAUAUGCAUGGGCGGUUGUGUACGGCAUCUUUGCCGGGGCUACACAAGCCCUGCUCCCGGCGAUGGCGACUCGGCAAACGAAAGAUAUCACCAAAGUCGGCACGAGGACAGGGAUGGUUUUGACGAUAGUUAGCUUCUCAUGUCUAACGGCGCCGGCUAUUCAGGGUGCGCUUAUUCAAGCCUGUGGCGGAGAUUAUAUCGGAGCCAGGCUUUUUCUGCUAGCUCUAUCGUCCUGGGGAUGA